GCGGCGGUAGAGAGAAGGUAGAGGGGGGAAAAGAGCCAAGAAGCAAAAGUCGGUGUUUGAACCGGAGGAGGAAAAAGGAAAUCAUGCCGAAUCCGUGAAAUCUGCGUAUUUUUGCAUCUCCACGCCGUGCAUCGUCCACCCGUGCGGGCGCAGAGGCCGAUUGAGGGUGAUACCUCAUUGGCUGGUGUGACCCCUGCCGGCCCGCCACCUCCCAAGGUGGGCCCCGAUUGGCUGGACCUGCCCUGGGGAAGCAAUCGGCACCCUCAGCUGAAGAGCUAAGCCCCGCAGUUUCCUCCCCCAUCCCCCCUACGUCACUGUUCAUUUCUUUGAUGUGAACUGUGAUUCCCUCCGUCCUGUUUGCUUUAGAGUACUAUGGCAAUGCAUGAUAUGAGUCGUGCCAAGGGUUUCCCCUGUAAAGAGUGUGAUAUGGUUUGUCCGAGUACUCCAAGUCUUCUAGAACAUAUGAAAGCACAUUAUCAGCAAGAAGAAAACGGACGUUUUGAGUGUGAACAGUGUGGGCGAGUUUACAAGCACGCAGCUAGCCUAGCCAAUCAUAAAAAAUCUCACGAAGUGGGUUCAUUCCAGUGUCCAGUUUGUACGCGUACGCUGCCCAACGCGGUAGCUUUGAAAAACCACCUACGUAUCCAUACUUUGUCCCCCAGUAGUGCACACGCAGAAGAAGAGAGUGAAGAAGUUCCCGAAGAAACGGGCCACGACGAGAGGGACUACGGUCUCGCCCAAGACCUCUCAGACGGGUUUGGGCGCUCACAUUUGAACAAUAGUGGUAUGGGACAUAGUGUCCUACAAGGCCACGAGACAGACAACCACGGUAAAAAAGGUUCUCCCGAGCACGACAACGCUUGGGACAGACCAUUCAAGUGUGAUCAGUGCGAGAGAACCUACCGGCAUCACGGUAGCCUGGUGAACCACAAGAAGUGUCAUCAGCAAGGAACUUUUAAGUGCUCUGUGUGUUUUAAACAAUUUAGCAACCUGGCUGCCUUAAACAGCCACGAGAGAACUCAUUCGAAGUUCAAGACCCCUGGCGCCUCAAUGGUGAGCAGCAGCAGCAGCCUCCACGACUCGCGCAGCAGUGGCACCCAGUCGUCUCAGAGCAACGACACUGCCUCGUGCUUUUGCCACCUGUGCCAGAUAGCGCUGCCAAAUAAGACAGACUUUCAGGAGCACAUACUGCUACACAACGCAGCCUCGCCCUCCCUUGGUCUGCCGCGCAAUUUCCCAGGAAUCAUGGCCCACACGAGUGCGGUUCGAUCCCCAGCAUACACCCCUGCGCUGGGUGACCCUCUGCCCCUGCCACCCCUGCCCACUGACAAAAGAGGCCCCUAUGACCCCAUUAUGGGCCCUCCAGUCAACAAUCCCAUCUACACAUGCGCAUAUUGUGGCGCAGGACAUCCAGAUCUGGAGACCUUAAAGGUCCACUAUCUGACCCAUGACCCUAACCCUGCCUCUCACGGCCAGGAAAGCUCCAUUCUCAGCUCUGGAUCGCAGGGCUCAGUGUCCUCUCCGUCCGGAGGCCGUGUGCCCCAGGCCAAUUCUCCAGAUAAUGGAGAGCGACGCUUUAAGUGUGGAGAGUGUGGCAAAAGCUACCGGCACGCAGGAAGCUUGGUCAACCACAAGCGCUGCCAUCAGACAGGCCACUACCAAUGCACAAUCUGCUGUAAGCAGUACCCCCACCUGGCAGCGCUACACAGCCACCUACGAAGCCACAAGGGGCGUUCUGGCAACACGUCUUUAAAUAAUGACGGCAGUGACUGGCUGUCUCCAGAGCCGCUAACCCUGGACUCCCAGCAGAGCUACGUCCAGGAAGGCAGCGGCGCCACCACUCCAAUUUCCCUGCCAGGGAAUCUUGGUGAUGCGGCCCACUUUGUACAAGAUGGUGGCCAUAGCAGUGGGUUGGACUCUCUUGAGUUUCACGAUCGCUUUGAUGGUAGCUCACUUUCUCAGAGCAACUCUGCUCACCGUCAGGCUGACAGACAUGUGUGCGCCGACUGCGGCGAGAUGUAUGGAGAUGUAUCUGGCAUCAAGUCGCACAUGUGUCCUCGUCGUGGCCAGCAGCCUCAACAGCAGCAAGGGAACAUGUCUAACGGUUUCAUGGGAAACAUGAACUACCACAGCUCCAGUGCAACCUCACUGCCUGCUGGAAGCUCCAGCAGCCUGAAAGAAGGCAGCAGCCAGCGACAAUAUUCCCAGAGCGGAGGCAAGAGAAUGGGAAGCAAUGACAAAGAUGAUGACGAUGAUGGAGAAGUGUAUCAGUGUUCGGUGUGUGGCAAUCACUACGCCAGCCUCCGAGCCCUCAGGAGCCACCUGCGUAGCCAUGCGAAUAACCCAACAGGGCCUGGCCCUUCCUCCCUGGAGCAGGAGUGGAGGAUGAUCUGCUCCACCUGUGGCCAGAGCUUCUCAAGGAAGCAAGACCUCCUGAAUCACCAGUUAGUCCAUGGCCCCCAAAGGCCUGAUGGCCAGCAACAGAGUAUUGUAGGCAGCUCAGCUAAUGGCAAUGACAAGAUGGACGGACGCAACCAUAUUUGUGUUGACUGUGGCAUGUUUUUUGCCGACCGCCACCACCUGAUCACGCACCUGUGUCCUGGUAAGAAUAGGUCUAGCUCCCUGAGCAAGCAGGGUCUGAAUGGAGCCAAAGGUAUGUCCGGAGGAGAAGGUGUCGCUGGUGGGGGGGUUGCUGGUGGAAGCCGUGAGGUUGGUGGCGAUGGACGUAGGCCUAUGGUGGACCAAAGUGACAAGCCCCAUAAGUGCGACCAAUGCGGGCGAGGAUACAGACACCCCUGCUCACUCCUUAACCACAAGAAGUCACACAAGACGGGGGUUUUCCGCUGCUUGGUGUGCCAGAAACGCUACUACAAUCUGCUGGCUCUCAAGAAUCACCAAAGGACCCACUUUGAUCUAAAGAGGCACAAGUGUGAAGAAUGUGGAAAGGCUUUCAAGAUCCAAAAGCAGCUGAUCAACCACCUUCGUCUCCACGAGGAGCACCGAGCCAAAGGUCUUGUUCGGACUGGCCCCAACAGUUCUCGCUUCCAGCAGCCUGGGACAUCUCAAAUGCAGAAUGUGAGAGGAGAAUCAUCAAAGGCCCAGCCGAUGGGCGUGAAAUAUAGCCAGCAAGGGUUCAAGAAACCCUACUCUUCAGCUGGAACUUCAAGGCCCCAGAAGUUUGAUCCAACUGAGACUGGACGUCGGCCUUUUGCAUGCGAAGAAUGUGGCAAGACAUACCGACAUGCAGGCAGCCUGGCCAAUCACAAAAACCUUCACAAAAUUGGGGAGUACCACUGCAACGUUUGCAACUCCACAUACCCCAACAGGCUGGCAAUGAAAAACCAUCUACGUCUCCACUUUGCCCAGAAGAAGCACAACUGCCAAGAGUGCGGCAAGGGCUUCCGUACCCAGAGGCAGCUAGCUACCCACACUACAGCUGGCCUGUGCAAAGGACCGCAGGGCCCCGGGGUCCAGAUGGAUUUUGAGUGCGAUGGCUGCUGCGAAGGCUUUGCCACGGCCGAUGAGCUUGCAGCUCACGACUGCCCGGCUCAGCACCUGCCUUCAUCCUCCUCAAGCAACACCCCCAAUAUCAGCUUGGAGAGAAGUUCUGUGGACCUGGACUCUGACGAGAGACCCUACGCCUGUGACCUGUGCAGCUGUGCCUACAAACAUGCAAGCUCAUUGCUGAACCACAAGCACACCCACAAGACGGGCAACUUCCGUUGCAAUUUCUGCGACAAGCCCUACACCAACUAUAUGGCCCUGCGCAACCAUAUGCGCAUCCACACACAGCGGAAGAAGCACAUCUGCCACACGUGUGGGAAAGCCUUCCGGCUUGCCAGGUUCCUCCGAAACCACCAGAAGGUCCACGAGGAGGGUGCUACCCCCUUUGGCUGCCCCACCUGUGGGAAGAGUUUCCAGGGGAGAUCCGGCCUGGCCAGGCACCGCUGCGGGGACAACCAGGUAGGCAUGGAAAUCAGGAAGAAGGCUGCUGCGACCCCGGGAGAGGGCGAGGAGUGUCGGUACACGUGUGAUCAAUGCGGACGCUCCUACCGCCACGCCAGCUCCCUCCUCAACCACAAGAACACCCACACAGUCGGCAUCUAUCACUGCGCCGUGUGCCUCAAGACCUACUCCAACCUGCUUGCCCUGAAGAACCACCGUCGUAUCCACUCAGAGAUACGGCGCCACCAAUGCCACGACUGCGGAAAGGCAUUCCGCGUUUCCUCCCAGCUCCACAACCAUCGACGCGUCCACCAAAAGCAGCGGGAGCUCACCUGCCGGUCCUGCCAAAGAUCCUUCCCCACGCAGGCCAGCUUCAGCCUCCACAUGGAGAUCACCCAUGGCCAGACGCCGCAGCCCCGUCAGCCCAGACCCCAGCAGCCUCGGCCGGGGGGCUCCCAGGAGCUGGGCUGGGGGUCAGGCCUGGACCUCACGUUGAUGCAAGAGCAAGGACUGCACCCUAGCAGCAUUGCCAAAGCCCGCAGCCGUGGUGGUCACAGCGAGGUCCUCAAACCCCACGUCUGCGAUCAGUGUGGCCGCUCUUACCGCCACGCCAGCUCCCUACUCAACCACAAGAACAGCCACAAGACUGGGACCUACUUCUGCAACUCCUGCCAGAAGGAGUUCCCCAACCUGAUGUCCCUCAAGAACCACCGCCGGAUCCACACCGAGCCCAAACGCUACCAGUGUCCCGACUGCGGGAAGUCCUUCCGUGUCUCCACCCAACUCAUUUGCCACCGCCGCAUCCACACCAAGGAGAAGCCGUUCUCCUGCCAGCAGUGCGACAAGCACUUCUCCUCCAAGUCCAACCUGAGGCACCACAUGAAGGUGCACUGGAACGGAUCCACGGCGCCCCCUCCCAUGGCCAUGGGUGCGCCCAACUUCCUGGAUCUGAGUCCGGUGGGUUCCUCCUCCCGGACCUUCGCCUGCAAUCAGUGUGGCCGCUCUUACCGCCACGCCAGCUCCCUACUCAACCACAAGAACAGCCACAAGACCGGGACCUACUUCUGCAACACCUGCCAGAAGGAGUUCCCCAACCUGAUGUCCCUCAAGAACCACGGCCGGAUCCACACCGAGCCCAAACGCUACCAGUGUCCCGACUGUGGGAAAUCCUUCCGCGUGUCCGCGGCGCUCGUCUGCCACUGUCGCAUCCACACCAAGGAGAAGCCGUUCUCCUGCCAGCAGUGCGACAAGCUCUUCUCGUCUCGGGCCAACCUGCGGCACCACAUGAAGGUGCACUGGAGGGGGCCCCAGCUGUCCCGUAGGCCAUCCGCCUUCCUCAGCGUCCCCUCCAGACCGUUCAUCUAGACCUCCAAUACAUUGAGGGAAACACAUUUAAAACUUCUAAAUAUCGUGCUGCAGGAAUGAGUCCUAAAACCCUAACAUUAGUUUGCAUUUUAGCACUAGCUAUUCCCUCGUCCGGAAGUCAAUGGUUUGUUGAAUGAGUUUUUGUUUAGAGGUUGAAAUAAGGUCUGUGGUUAACAGACUUUCAGGUUUUGUUCUGCAACAUAAAAUACAUCAGUAAAUAACCCACUGGUGAAUGCCUGAAGCUUCGACGUUUUUUGAAAACCGUGUUUGCUAAAUGAGAUUACUAAAGGUCAUCAUGCCAAACAUAAGCUAACCUUAGUUUAGCGAUGUCGACGUAAAGUCAUGUGACCAGCUCUUAGUUUGUUUAUAGUCCAACGUUAACUUUUACUUCUGGAUACUCCAAUUGAAACAGUUGUGUCAAUUUCUAAAGAUAUUCUGCUGAACAAAACCUGUAAAGUAUCAAUACAUUCUGCAAUAAUCCAAAAUCCAAUAGAAUAAUCUCAUUGGCUUUUUGGGGAGGGAACCAGGGAGAUGCUAAUUUCAUCCCACCACCACUCUGUCAAUAUCUCUAUAUGAUUUAAAUAUUUCACCAAAUCAAUUUUGAGGAGGCAACUCCGACUCCCAGAAUGCAUUUCCCGAACACACAGCCAACAACAGAACUCCUGGCAGCAAACUAACUUAAAAAAUAUAUAUAAAACUGAAUCAACGACAUCAAUUUACAAAUUCUGUUUUGGAAAAAAUGAUGCCCAGACUUUGAGUGUUGUAUCCAAAACCCACCAACCCACCUUUGGCCAAAAAUGUUGCAGUUGUUAACCACCAUCGUGGAGAGGAGGCUACAGAUGGAAUAACGGAAGUAUGAAAUAUUUCUGAAGAUCUCCUUAAACAAUCAGCAGCUUAACGCAAAACUCUCAGAUGUAAAAACUGUGAUUACACGAGAGAGAAACAAUGCUGCGUUCAGGAGUUUCAGAUAAAAGAUUCCGACCUUUGUGAUGUGUUCAGGUGCAAGACUCUCGUUAACUUUGCACACACUUUGAAGUAGAAGUGGAGGAACUGCAACAUCACCAUGGACAAACACAAGCACAUUCAGUGUUUUUUCAUACUGCAGACGAUAAAGAAAACAUACGGAAGCUCUGAGAGGCAAGUGAGGACAAAAAAAAUCUGGUGAUACAAUUUCUAUAUCUGACCUAAAUAGAUUUCUCUUAUUUUAUGAGUUGAAAACAGCUGAAUGACAAAAGUGUGUGAAUAUUUUUUCAUCUUUAAAACAGGUCGAUUUCUUUGUUGAUGUA